AUGUGUCCAGUUUUCUCUCAGGACUUGCCUCCUGGGCCGGGAGGAAAGAACCGGGUCUGCCUUCCUCCCCAGGCCGGGACGCCGGGCUCGGGGGCCCCCCUGGACCCGGGUCUGGAUCCCGCUGCCUCGGCCACCGCUGCUGCCGCCGCCAGUCACGACAAGGGACCCGAGGCAGAGGAGGGCGUCGAGCUGCAGGAAGGCGGGGACGGCCCUGGGGCGGAGGAGCAGACGGCGGUGGCCAUCGCCAGCGUCCAGCAGGCGGCGUUUGGCGACCACAACAUCCAGUACCAGUUCCGCACAGAGAAUAAUGGAGGACAGGUGACGUACCGCGUAGUCCAGGUGACUGAUGGUCAGCUGGAUGGCCAGGGCGACACGGCUGGCGCCGUCAGCGUUGUGUCUACGGCUGCCUUCGCUGGGGGUCAGCAGGCUGUGACCCAGGUGGGUGUGGAUGGGGCAGCCCAACGUCCUGGCCCCACUGCUGCAUCUGUGCCCCCAGGUCCCGCAGCACCCUUCCCACUGGCCGUAAUCCAAAAUCCCUUCAGCAAUGGCGGCAGCCCUGCAGCUGAGGCUGUCAGUGGGGAGGCACGCUUUGCCUAUUUCCCAGCAUCCAGUGUGGGAGAUACCACAGCUGUAUCCGUACAGACCACAGACCAGAGCUUGCAGGCCGGAGGCCAGUUCUAUGUCAUGAUGACGCCACAGGACGUGCUUCAGACAGGAACACAGAGGACAAUUGCACCUCGGACACACCCCUACUCCCCGAAAAUUGACGGAACCAGAACACCACGGGAUGAAAGAAGGAGGGCCCAGCACAAUGAAGUGGAGCGGAGGCGGAGGGACAAGAUCAACAACUGGAUCGUCCAGCUUUCAAAAAUCAUUCCAGAUUGUAAUGCGGACAACAGCAAGACGGGAGCGGGGGAGCCGGGGCAGGGGCGGGGAGCCAGCCCCUGGCUCCUCGUGCCCUGUCGUGUGUGCCAGAUCGAGGAGCUGAAGAACGAGAAUGCCGUGCUUCGUGCCCAGCUGCAGCAGCACAACCUGGAGAUGGUGGGCGAGAGCACGCGGCAGUGACACCCGCCCCGCCGCGCGGCGGGGGCUCCUCCGGCCGCCGCCGCCCCUUCCCCAGCCCUUAGCACAGAGAGGGACAGACGCCCCUCCCCCAGCUGCGUUUUUUUAUAGUAGAUUUUUAACAAAACGGGGAGAAACAAUGCAUUUCUGUGGAUAAGCGCCCACCGCUCUCCUCAACUUGGGAAAUGAUCUCCUCCCUCCCCCUCCUGUCUGUCUCCCUCCUCCGGCCCCCACGGAGCCCCAGCACUUCUAGUGGUCUCGCCUGGAGGCAAGAGGGAGGAGGACGGAGCCCUGCCAUAUCCCGCUGCCUCCUUGGUCUCUAGAGGUACUGAGACAGGGUGCUUUCGGGAAGGAGGGGAGACUUUACGGGGGCCAGCCCCGGGGCCUGGACCUAAGCAGGGAGGCCAUGUCCCACCCCACCUCUUGUUUCUGGAUCCCUGCUCCUUUUGAGUGUGUGUGUGUGUUUUAAUUUUCUUUAUGGAAAAGUGGACAAAAAAAUAGAGAGAGAGAGAGAGAGAGGUAUUUAACUGCAAUAAACUGGCCCCAUGUGGCCCCGCCUUGUC